AUGGCUGCGGUUGCUGAGAUUUCCGGUGAGGCAGCCUCUGUCAAAAACUCAAACUUGGAUUCAAUGUCAAAACCCAUGUCCGAUUCCAAAUCAGAAUUUGAUGUGCAGAAGCUGGUGGAUAUGUUCACCAAGCUGAACCCUUUAGCCAAAGAGUUUUUCCCUUCAUCUUACUCUCACCACCAACAUUCCAAUUUUGACAACUCUUUGGCGGUCAAUAACAAUAAGCUUUCAGCCAAUGAUAAUCUGGCCAAUAAUCGAAGGAGAAGAAAUAGCUUUAAUCAGGGGAAGAGAAGACUUAGUGGGAGAGCUUUCAGAGCUGAGCGGGAAAAUAGUAUUAGACGAACAGUAUAUGUUUCUGAUAUUGAUCAGCAAGUUACCGAAGAGCGUCUUGCUGCCAUAUUUAGUAGUUGCGGACAAGUUGUUGACUGCCGAAUUUGUGGUGAUCCGCACUCCGUACUCCGUUUUGCAUUUGUGGAGUUUGCUGAUGAGCAUGGUGCGAGAGCAGCUUUGAACCUUGGUGGGACAAUGCUAGGGUACUAUCCUGUUAGGGUCUUACCCUCAAAAACUGCCAUCCUUCCUGUGAAUCCUACAUUCCUCCCUAGGUCAGAAGAUGAACGGGAAAUGUGUAGCAGGACUGUAUAUUGUACAAAUAUUGAUAAGAAGGUUUCUCAAGCUGAAGUCAAGAAUUUCUUUGAAACAGCUUGUGGUGAGGUUACUCGUUUGAGGCUUUUGGGGGAUCAUGUGCAUUCAACUCGUAUAGCUUUUGUUGAAUUUGCAAUGGCAGAAAGUGCCAUACUUGCACUGAAUUGUAGCGGAAUGGUGUUGGGAACACAACCCAUCAGGGUAAGUCCUUCAAAGACACCUGUGCGGCCACGUGUUACUCGUCCAUUGCAUUAA